UAAUUAAUUUAAAAUAUGAAAUUACGAAGAGUGUAAUUUAAUUAAUCUCUUCCAUAAAGAAAAUAAAAGACUAAGGUUAGUGAGUGACCGAUUCAUCAUCGCACUGGCCAAACUUCGGAACCUAGAAUUACAUAUUACAAAUAUUUAGUACUUGGUUAUUAAAAUUUCAUUGAAAAUUCUAACAUAAUGUAGACUAGUAUAGUGAAGUAACCCGGGUAUACGAGUUUUAGUAUAUAUUUGAAAACAUCGUGAAAAUUUAUAAAGUAUUUGAACAAAAAAAUUUGUUUAAAACCUGCUAGCAAUUUAUAAAAAUCAGCAUAAAUUUAAAUUUGUCAGUUCUUUACACAACUUAAAUCAAACAACACAAGAAAUGAAGACCAAUCAAAUCUUUGUAAUUUUUGUAAUUCUCUUUCUAACACCGUCAUGUUUUGGCAGAUACAAUCCAAACCUGCUUGCUCUCGAAAAACAAAUUCAUAGUAGUACCUCGCCUCAAAAACAAAUUUUGGUUUACGCUUUCGACCAACUCGGGUUAUUGGGUAAAGAAUAUAUCGCCAGAUCUGUACAAAUCGGUCGUAAUAUUCUCAAAGAUGAAUCCCUCGCAACCAAUUCACAACCUGAAGUGGAAAAAUUUAAAAAUGAUUUACACAUAUUUAUCGAAAAGUAUGAUAACUCUAACGAAAAUGUACAAACUAUUUGGAAUUUAAUGGAAGUUUAUGGCAAUAUUGUGCAAAAAUAUUUCAAGAUGUCUGAGAAGAAAAAGACUCCCGAAACAAAGCUUAUAUUGGGAAUAUUAAAGAAAUACGGCUGCGAAAGUAACAAUAUCGAAUUUGUUAUGAAGUUCCAUGAGUUUGCUGAUGAUUUAAUAAAGAAGUUUGAAGAGUCUAAGGAGCAUAUGGAUAAGCACUCUUUGGAAUGGUUGGAUCAUUUUAAGACCUUAAAUAAAUUUGGGGACAGAUAUCCUGCCAUAAUGCAUUAUAUUAUAAGAAUGAAUUAAUUUAAGAGAAAGUGUUUGAAAAUAUUAAAUAAAAGAAAAUGUUCGGCAAUAAACGCUUGAAUGCUUAUAACUUACUUA